UCGCCUAUAUAAGGCUUAAAUAGGGCCGCGCUUGGCACAGUGUCUAACGGAGUUGCUUUCACUUGCCAGUCGUAGUGCCAGCCAAACGGGCGACAAAUCGGUCCAAAUAAAAUAAAUAAAUACCAAUACAAAUCGGUGGAUAAUAGACAGAGACUCACUCCCAAUCCAACAAAAUGAAAGUGCUUAUACUCAUCGCGAUGCUUGCCCUGUCCUGCCACGGACAGCACCAGCACCAGCACCAGCACCAUAAUCAGCAUCACAGCGCCAAUAAUAUCCCGCGGGACGAGAAGGCCGACCAUCACCGCCACGAGGAUCUGCGCGAGACGAGCACAUGGAUACCCAUUCUCAAGUACAACAAGGAGCAGAGCGAGGACGGCAGCUACAAGACGGAGUACGAGACGGGCAACAACAUCAUCCACGAGGAGACGGGCUUCCUCAAGGACUUUGACACGAAUCCGAACGGGGUCCUGGUGCAGCAUGGCCAGUACUCGUACCAGUCGCCGGAGGGCCAGCUGGUGAAUGUUCAGUACACGGCCGAUGAGAACGGAUUCCGUGCCACAGGCGACCAUAUACCCACACCGCCCGCCAUACCCGAGGAGAUCCAGAAGGGGCUGGACCAGAUCUAUGCCGGCAUCAAGCUGCAGCAGGAGAGACUCGAGCAGCGGGCCAAAACGGACCCAGACUUUGCCCGGAAGCUGGAGGAGCGUCGCAUUGCCAAUCAGAAUGGCCAAUAUAUUGGUCUGCUCGAGAAUCAGUAAUCCCCCCACUCCAUUUCCCUCCCCACCCCCACCGAACCGAUCAUCCUGGAAACGUGAACUUUGCUAUACUUUUCCCCUCAACAACAACAACAACAACAACAACAUCAACAAUAAUAAGACUGUGAUUUCAUUUGCAAAUUCUUCUAAAACGUUGCAUCUGGAAACUGGAAACUGGAAACUGUAAUCUGUAAUCCGGAACCAUUAUUCUUCGAUUGAAAAUCUAUAUAGACUAACAUGAAAUUUGCAUAACUAAAUAAGUUCCACUCACAGACACACACACACAGGCACUCACUCACACAAACGCACGACGCACUCACAUAGGGCCAGCCACUCAAUAAAUUUUAAUUUUUGUUAACGAGUGUGAAAGUUUUGCCGCCGCUUUGAAACAAUAAAAGAAAAACUAACGUUUCCAUUA